CGCACCGUGAGUCAGUCGCGAAGUCCCGCCCCCUUGGCUGUCACAACGAGGCGAUGUGUAUAAAAGCUCGCGGUUGCUUGUGAUUGAACAACAUUCUAUAACCUGCACGGACCGUUGUUAACCUUGAAUUAAGACUUUAUCUCAUCUACAUAAGCGAUUAGUUUUACAAGAGGAGCUAUUUUAUUUGGUAAGUUAUAAUUUUGUUUUCAAUUAUUUAUUUUUAUUAAAUUAUUUAUUAAUAAAUUGAAAUAUGAUGUACACUUAAUCGGCAUAGGCAUAACUAUUAACUAUUAAAUUAUGAUUAUAACAUAGUUUACAUAGGCUUGCUUUUUUAAGUCUAUACUAUUAAUUGCAAUCAUAGUCAUAGAUGACAGCAUACUCAUGCAUCGUAAAAAAAGGACUAAAGUUCAAGGACAGUAAAUGGUUAAAGCCUAAAGCUGACUGGAAUUAUACUGCCCGGUCUGUUGUCUUUGGACGCGCGGUACCGGUGCUAAGAGUAAGAGGUCGACGCAUAAAUAAAAAUUUGCGCCCGGACAUAAGAUAACAAUGACGAUGGUUGGAUCACAUUUCUAAAUGCUAUGACUAGGACGGACAGUUCUCAGUCCCCUGACCUAUACUUUUUAUUUUGUUUUGUUUUCCUGGAGACAUUAACCAACGGUGAACGGGGGGGGGGAGGGGGGGGGGAGCAGAUAUCAAUCAUAAAAAUAUUUCAGUUUUGUUGAUCCCACAAGUUACAUUGUUACAAGUACAAGGUUUCAAAACAGAUGCCGCCACCCUUCCUAGUUCUGAAAAAAAGGGGGGGGGGGCGGAGUGUUGAAAAAUUUAUUAUAUGUGAUAAAAGUAAUGUGUUUAAGGUUUUAUAUUUAUUAAAAUAAAUGGGUGCACCAAUAUUUAUUUAAUAAAGGUAAAGGGUGUUACUUUUUGUAAUUGAAUAUAAACUACAUGGGGUGGAAGGGGUUGUAAACGAAUGUAGGUCUUGUGAUCAAUGGUCACUUCAUAUAUAAAAGACGUGUAUCUGAAUAUGAGUAUGUGUCUGCUUGCAUCAGUUACUGUCGGUCGCUUUCCAAACUGGAAAAAACCAGUAUGAACCCAUUUCAUCAGAAAAUAGACGCAGAAGUGGAGAAAAAUCAAUGAGAGGUAAAAACCAUUCCAAAGGGAAUGACACGGGAAUUGUAUAAUUCGGGAAUGCUAUUUAUUUAUUUGUAAUACAUAUGGUUUCUUUCGGGGCGUCCAGAAUAAGCUUCAAAUAGAGGCGAGGAUGGUCAGUAUGUAGGAAAGCUUUUGUGGAUAAAAGAUGGAUUGCUCGUUUUCCGCUUUGACCCCCAUCUGUGUGGCAACAGAUUGGAAGCUCAAAACACCAGCAGAUGAUUCCGUGGGGGGGAAAGGGGGGAGGGGGUGAGGGAGUGGAGAAGAACCUUAAACGCAAGCAAGAUGUCGGAUUCGGUGGUGGGGGGGGGGGGGGGGCAAAGGAAAUAUGUUUUGUUUUGUUUGUUUUUUUAAAUUAAAUCUGGUCUCGUGACAUUUCGUGUCUAUUUGCUGAUGGGAGCAUGUGUUUGUGUGUAGGUGCUGCUGCUGGGGAUAGGGGAUCUGGAAUUCUUGCUGUGGGCGGAAAGAAUUUACCUGCUGGCACGGGUCACAUUGUUAUCGGCGUUCUGAAGUUCAACAGACGUACAGUAUUAAUACGUGUCACUCUAACUCUAACUGUUGUGUGUUUGUGAAUCAAUGGGUUAAUGAAAUGUCGUGCAGUUGUAUAGCUCUAAGCAAAAUCACUACAGCAGCAGUCGGUCUUUUAAUACGCGACUAUUGUUUAAAAGGGGGAGGGGGGAGGAUAGUGGUUGUAUUUACUCUGUCAGAUUUACUACAAUAAAUAAAAUUUUACCGGUAUUUAAUUAUUUUUUUUUUGUUUGAAAAUUAAUUUAUUUUAAAUUGUUUUACAAUACACAAAAUGAUCGAGUGCUUUGAGUGAUGUAUCCUUGCUGCCGUGUAUCGAUCUAAAUUCAACCUCAACAAUCUGCUCCUCCCCCACCUCCCUUUCUCAAGCGUACACCUUCAAAUCCGAUCAAAUCACUGAAAUGUUUGCCCUGGGCCUUAGAUCAAUGCAGUGGAUUUAAUGAGAUCAUGCCGUGGUACCCUGUGUUUGCUCGUGCUACCAGGAACUUUAAUAUGCUGUACUGUUUAUAGUAGAUAAUCGUUUAUACCCUUGGCGUGAAACCGAGUCGAGAGUCGCUUUUAUAAUAUAUAAAUAUCUGACUUGGAACUUAGCCUCGAAAGUAGGUAGUGAGGGCGCCUAGUUCAAUUCUAUGACUCAUUUUUAAAAAAAUUCCAUUGAAAAUGCUUAUGCAUCAUUCUUCAUAUUACUGGGUACGGGGCAUCCCUUCAUCAAGUUAGCGAUGACGUUUUCUAGACAUUUCCACCAAUGUGUUCUCCCUCCCCGUUCUGCGUGCUCCACGCCGAUUGGCCGAGGCGUGAGAGUUCUAACGUGCACGGUCCUGGCAGAUUGGUGUCAAAUCAGUCGUCGCAUUGUUUUGAUUGUGUUCUGCAGUUUUUGGACUGUGACUGUAGAUUUUGAUUCAGGAAUACGCGUUGUUUUCAUCCGGGUUGGAAUUUUUUUUACAUUUAUUUGCGAAAAGUGGGUGACACAUUUCCAUGUUGUUGUUUGUUUUGUUUUUUCAAAUUUGCUGCUUUUUUAAACAUGGGGUCAAAUGUCUCAUACCGCACCUGUAAUUAAUUAUUAAUUAAUUAUAAAGAAUGAAGGUGUUAGAACUGUAAACUGGGAAUUUUAAGAUUAAGCUGCGGGGGAUGAUUGAUGAACAGAAAUGUAUGCGACGUGAUUCAAAUUCAGCAGAAACGAAAAAUAAUCGUGUGAGAAAAUCGUUCAAGGUUGUCCGUGAACCAUUUAUCUAGUAAGUCUAAGUAAGUGUUAGUGUUUUUACGCGUGAACACUGUUGUAACUAUAACUAAUAACUGGGGUAGAAUAAAAGUAAAAAACAUUUCAGGCCGAUGUAUUUUUAAUAUUAGGCGCUAUCGGGUAUUGGACCACAUUUAUGUUUAUUAAAUACAAAGUUCACCUGGCGAGUGUUGAUGUUUUUUGUUUUUUUUUAUAUAAUUUAUAAUAAUAUAAUUUAAAAUUUACGUUUUGCUCAUUGUCAUUUUUUUAAUUCUAUGCCUCAUGCCCCUGCAGAAAGGACUUGACUGUAGUCUUUGACUGUAUUUUUUUAUUUUUUUUUAUACUGUACUCACCGAUGCUAUCUUAUGCGAUUUUUUCUUUUUUAUUUAAUUUUUUUAAAUAAUUUAAAUUACUUAAAGACCCAGUUUACUUUAAGUGAAGUCUGUUUAUAGUGACGUUGGGGUGGCUUAAUGAAGUAAAAUAGGUCAAUUGUACAUAAAGAGUUGUCAGACAAAAUAAAAGCCAACAUGUAGUGCAACUUGGCCAAAAAUGACAGUGGUGUCCUGGCUAAUGUAAAAACAUGUUAAGAUACUGUGUCCUGAGAUUGCCAUUAGCAGCGGUUCAGUCAAAACAUACACAUUUAAAGCUCUGCUUGUGAUAUAUAACGAAGUAUUAACUCAUGACUAGGUUUCUACUGGAUAGUGGCAUCUUUUUUUACUUACAAUGAAACAUAAUUGUAGAAACGAGACUUGCCAGCUUUUGUUCCAUUUACGACGUCCAAGCUUCCAAAAUAUGAUGCUAACGUUUUAUUUAUUUUUAUUUUCAGAUAUCUGAUACAAGACCUUACCCGAAAAUUUCCAUCAUUGCAGCCAUGCUUCUCAAGGAGUACUCGAAACUCUCAGCAACUGUUGUACCUUACAGCACAACGCUUGUGGACGGACGCAGCGUCAUAGUGGACGCCAUGACUGAAUCUCAGGUCCACGAAAUGUACCUGCUGGUCCAAGAGGCUGCCAACUCAAGCCAGGGUUUUGGUGCUGACGAGUACAAUUCUGAAAAAGAGUUUCUCGAAGACAUCUCCGAUGGCUUCCAGUUCGCCGUCAUUGACAAAGACUCUGGUGAAAUGGUGGCUGCGUUUGUUUUGGCAAUUAGCAAAUACUCCAGAGGCUGCCUGGUGGCAGACCCCUUCAUCAUAGUCAAGAAAAACAUGCGCGGCUGCAGGCUCGGCACAUUUUGCAUGACGACGUGCGUCAAGUUUGCCAAGGACCUGGGCUUCAUGGGGAUCUACUGUGAUACAUUCAGCAACAACACUGCAGUGAUCAAAAUCGUGGAGAGCAUUCCGGGCUUCCAAAAAGUUGGCUGUCUUCCAAUGGGAGGCCUCCUUAAAGAUGGGAGAAUAGUUGGUUCGGAGAUAUUUUAUAAAGAUCUUCGCAGUGACAGAGGUUAAGCACUGCCUGCUGUGUACGCCCCCCGGUAUGAAGUAGCUCUUAUCCACUUCAACAGCCCAAUGUACCCAGACGAGAUUUGAAUUGGGAGCUCUGUGAUGUUGCGCAACUAAUCACCUGUAACGUCACACCUCCUCAAAAUGGAUGUUGAGAACUGUAAAGUUAAGUUGAAAAAAAGAUCAUAUCCACAAACUGAAUCUCUGAAUGGAUAUAAGGCCCACUCUGCUGUUACCUACCAUGUCCCAUGAUAUUGGGAUGAAUGUAGUAGCCCAGUACACCGGAUACAUCAUGGUUGUGAUGGUCGUUAAGGAAUGGUAAUGACUGGUGUGCGUUCUGCAACAAACAUCAUCAGUGGAAAUGACUUUAAAUUUGUACAGUGAAAAUUUCCACCCUUGGUAUUUGAUGACCGAAGCAAUGCAGCCGACACCAGCUGGUUAUGUUACGAGUUUAGAAAGAGCUUGGAACUAUCAGUCUCUAUUGUUCUGUGACAUUAGUCCAGCAAUGACAUUUUUUAUUUAUUUAGUAUUUAGUUUAUGUGGUGGUAAUAUGUUGGCCAUGUGUUAUUCAAUUUGAUUGUUGAUUUUUAAUUAACAUUUUUUAAUUGUAGUUUUUUUUUUAAAUUGUUACAUUUGUUGAACUUUUCCAAUUAUUUGAUGAUUCUUUUUUUAGUUUUUCAAAUAUAAAAAUAUAUUUUUAUACUAUUUUUAACAUGAAUUUUAAGUCUUUCAAAAAAAAAAAAGAGAGAAAAUCUUGAUUUUAAUUCAAUAAAAUAAUUUAAAAA